AGGUGGGGACUGGAGACCGAAUCCGUGAAGUGACGUCGUUUGUACGAGGGCGCAUCUAUACGUUUUUCUCUGUGAACUCUCCGGCUAGAAGAGAGUAAAGAAACUCAGAGAAGAAGACAUGGGAAGCCAACCGAAGAAGAACCCUAAUAAGCAGCUACAGCUUAACCCCAAUUGGGCUCAACUCCAACAAAAGCUGAAUGUCCAUAACUCAAAGCCUCCAAGACCCUCAAACAACUCACAAAACGAAAACCCAAAAACCAUUCUAGGGAAGCGUAAGGAGAGACCGGAUGCAGAGUUAAAUGAUUCUCAGAUCAAUCCUCUUACUCCAAUUAAUGAUGAUUUCAGUCUGACAGAUGUGGUAGCCAUGGAUUGUGAAAUGGUCGGUGUUGGUCAAGGAAACAAAAGUGCCCUUGGACGAGUUACUCUGGUUAAUAAAUGGGGAAAUGUUGUAUAUGAUGAGUUUGUUCGCCCGGUUGAUCGUGUUGUUGACUUCCGUACUGAAAUUAGUGGCAUUCGACCCCGUGAUUUGAGGAAAGCAAAAGAUUUUCGGGUUGUUCAGAAGAGGGUGGCAGAGAUAGUUAACGGAAGGAUUCUUGUGGGACAUGCCUUGCACAAUGAUCUCAAGGUACUUCUAUUAAGUCAUCCCAAGAAGGACGUGCGGGAUACCUCAGAAUAUCAAACUUUUCUCAAGGAAAGGGGCAGAAGAGCCCUGCGGCAUCUUGCUGCUCAGUUUCUCGGUGUUCAGAUCCAAAAUGGGGAGCACUGCCCUAUACAAGAUGCUCGUGCUGCAAUGCUGCUUUAUCAGAAAAAGAAAAAAGAGUGGGAAAAGAGCGUUAAAGAUCAAAUACGGCUCAAACUGAAACAGAAGAAGCGCAAGCCGAAAAAGAAAGCAAAGCAGGGAGACGUUAUGAUUGACGAUGCCCCAACUGCAUUGUAGCAUUGUCUGCCCAUUGAUACGUGAUGCUUAUUUCCCGGCCCCUAAACUUUUUGAAAGCCGACUAUCAAGGGGCUUUAUUCAAAACCACUAGCACAUUUCUCGUCCAUAAUAUUCCGAAGGAAGAUUAAAGAGGAUACAAUACCUAGCUACUAACACCAACACCACCUAACAGGGAUACACAUAGAAGAGCUAAUCUUGCUAUUUAGCUGGUAAUCUUGCAUGUGGAAAAAUUAUAAUUUUAUUAUCAUGGGUGAGCAAAUGCUUGUGUCUGCUGUCCAGUUUUUGGAGAUACAUUAUUUACACACUAUUGGUGAGAAAUCUACCAAACAGGAUAAAUGUGAUUUUCUUAUU